UGUUCGGUAAAGAAAAAAAAAAUCAAUUUAUCCUAAUAGUUCAGGCGGGCACCGGACCGGCCACUAUCUUCUGUCUUCUCCAUGGAUAAUAUGGCGGAGAAGCCUCAAGAUGUGGCAAUUCUUGAGCAAUUGAAACAGGGAAUUGCUCGAUUUGAGCUCGUGUCUUCGCCUGUAAGUUCAAUUUCAUCUUCGGAAUCAGUUACUCGUUCUUUCCCUUUUUCUCUGAAUGGCGGUCACCCACUCUUUGCUAAGAUUGGACCAGUGCUUGGAUCGCCAGCAUUGAGGAAAGCUGAGCACUAUACGGUCCAAAAAGUUACUGGAGAUGGGCGCUGUCUCUUCCGUGCGCUUGCCAAAGGAAUGGCUUCCAACAGGGGGAUUCCUCUUCGUCCAUUUGAGGAGAAAAAUGAUGCAGAUGAUCUACGCAUGGCUGUGAAAGAAGUUAUUUGUGAUAAUGGCAAAGAAAGACGGCAGUAUGAAGCAGCCCUCAUUGCAAUUACUGUGGAGGAGUCUUUAGAACGUUACUGUCAACGAAUUCAAAGACCUGACUUCUGGGGAGGAGAGUCGGAGCUAUUGGUGUUGUCAAAGCUCUGCAAGCAACCAAUCAUUGUCUACAUACCAGAGCAUGAGCACGCAAUAGGUUGGCGAGGUUCUAGCUUCAUUCCUAUAGCAGAAUAUGGGGCGGAGUUCAAGGGUGGAGUAGGAAAACCCAAGAAACCUGUGAGGUUGCUGUACAGUAGUAGGAACCACUACGAUCUACUUGUUUGAGAAUCUAAUUUUAAAGCAAUCCCAUUUACUUGCUAUCUAAAGUUAACAAAAGAAACUGAGAGAUGCUUGAAAGAGCUUGUAUCUCGACAGAGAUCGGUAGGAGAAGGAGAAUCCCAAUAACAGAACGGCCGAAGCUCUCUUCUUGGAUGAUCAAUGGCUGGUAAAUUUCCAAUUGUCUGUGCUGUAUCUUUUUUAAUCUAAAUUUUGUUGUAAGCUGUUGAACUGCGAGUUAAAGCAUAAAGGUCAGUUAUAAAUAACAAUUGAAGCUUCAAAAGUUUCAGUAGUGUUCCUAAACUUGAUUGUUUUAAACAUGUUCUUGGGGCUAUUUCAUGUGAUGGGAUAUGUUAUGCCUCAA